ACCUCUAGUCCACUUAGAGUCUACAAAUAGUCAAAUGCUACUCCAUUCUAUUUGGCAUUUCCAAUUUUUCAUACAUGCUCCUCCCUCAGCCUCGGUAUUAUAAACUCCAAAACCCCCCUGCAAAUACCCUCUUCUUCGCAUUUUGCGUCUCUUCAAUUCCCAAAUCUACUCACCACCUUCAUUACCUCCUCCAUUUAAAAGGAUCAACAUUUCCUAAUAGUAUCUGCACACUAUGCAAGCCGUUAAUUACGUGCUAAAAUUGACCUCCUCUACUGUCUGUCUUACAUAAAACUUGACAUAGGCAGCUGCAACCUGCAAGAUUCAAGCUUUUGCUUUUGCUUUUCUUUUUCCUUUCUGAAUUUCUCUCUCGAGAUCUUGAGAGCAGAGGAAAACAAUGAUGAAGCUCUCUUGGGUUUGGAUUGUUAUAGCAAUUGCUUUUCUUCAACUUGUUACUGGAUUCUUAGAUUUUAAUGAAACAGAGCUAUCUCUUAUUGAGGCUUACGACUACGGAGUCUCCAAACUCAAUUACAAUCCUCUCAUGGUUGGACUGACUUUUAUUACAAGUGCUGGCGCUAAAGGAGCAGUCUGCCUGGAUGGAACAUUGCCUGGUUAUCAUUGGCAUCGUGGAUACGGAUCGGGCGCAAACAGCUGGCUCAUUCAGUUGGAGGGAGGUGGAUGGUGCAAUAACGUUAGAACUUGUGUCUACCGCAAAAAAACACGACGAGGAUCAUCUACGUACAUGGAAAAGCAGAUACCCUUUACUGGAAUAUUGAGUGAUAAGGCUGAACAAAAUCCUGACUUUUUCAAUUGGAACAGAGUAAAGCUUCGUUAUUGUGAUGGUGCCUCUUUUACUGGGGACACAGAAAAUAAGGCUGCAAAGCUGCAAUUUAGGGGCCAACGUAUAUGGUUAGCUGCAAUGGAAGAUUUAAUGUCAAAAGGAAUGCGCAACGCAAAGCAGGCUCUUCUUUCGGGGUGUUCUGCUGGGGGUCUGGCAUCAAUUUUACACUGUGAUGAAUUUAGGAACAUGUUUCCGAGAACUAGUAAAGUGAAGUGUCUGAGUGAUGCUGGUCUAUUCCUUGAUGCGGUUGAUGUCUCUGGUGGUCGCACACUUAGGAGUUUAUACAACGGAGUGGUGGGGUUGCAGGGUGUGCAACAUAACCUGCCACGCAUAUGCACCAUCCACAGUGAUCCAACUUCAUGCUUCUUUCCUCAAAACCUAAUCAGCAACAUCCGAACUCCACUGUUUAUUCUCAAUGCAGCAUAUGAUUCAUGGCAGAUUCAAUCCAGCAUAGCUCCACCAUCGGCUGAUCCACAUGGUUAUUGGCAUGAGUGCAGAUUGAACCAUGCAAAAUGUUCUGCAUCACAGAUGAGGUUUUUACAAGGCUUCCGAAUUGAGAUGCUUAAUGCAAUCAAAGGGUUCUCACAGUCUAGAGAGAACGGAUUGUUUAUAAAUUCGUGUUUUGCUCACUGCCAAACAGAAAGACAAGACACAUGGUUUGCUGCUAAUUCCCCUGAAAUUAGAAACAAGGCAAUUGCAAUAGCUGUUGGAGAUUGGUAUUUUGACAGAGCAGGAGUGAAGAUCAUUGAUUGUCCGUACCCAUGUGACAAGAGUUGCCACAAUCUGGUUUUCAAAUGAGACAAGUACAUAUAUUAUUAGUUAUACAUAUUAUUUGAAGCACCCUGCAAUUCAAGGAAAUGGGGAAUGCCAAGUCAAUAAUUAGAGGAAGGUUGGUGAAAAAUGCAAUUUGCGAUUCAAUUUUAUUACAAAACCUUGGUUUGAUGAAUGUGUCCAAUCCGAAUGCAGACAAAGUUUGAGAAUGGCUGUCAUAUGUGAGAAAUGUAUUAAUCAUGGCAUGGCAUGUCUAGUACUUGUUGAUAAAUACAGAGUCAGCCUAUCAUAUUCCCAA